GUCCAAUGAAAUGAGACCACGAGUUAUUUGUCGGAAGUGCUAGGAUUACACACAGAGAGGAAGAGUCAAAGAGAGAGGCCCAACUCGACGGAAAAUCUGUCUCCCUCCAUCCAGCAGGUUACGUUUUUUCGAACACCAAGCAAGGAGUUUUUGUAUGGAGGUCAAUGAGCGAGUGUCGAAUUUGGUCAACAAAAAACGAAUGAUUUAUUUGCUACGUGAAGUUUAUUUGAUCGAAUAGAAGUUUUGUCAUGUUUAGGUUGUCAUGAGUGUAGUGAUAUAAGUAGGACACGUGACAUUCCGGCAUCUUGCGUUGUCUCGAGAUGGCUAUAUGCAUAUUUAUUGUAAUGAGGCUAGUAGCAUAGCAUCUUUCCAUCCAAUACAGGCGGUUGACGUCAACAACCCUCGUCAAAUAUUCAAGAGUGUUCAAAUAAUUAGAUUUAUCAGCAGCAAGAUUUGUGACCUGUUGCCACAAGAAAAGGGCAACCAGUGAAGAACAAACAUCAUUCUAAUAGAUAGAAUGUGGAAUCGUUGUGGCAGGAGUUCAGCUCUGGAAAGAGCACAGGCACAGCUCUCAGAGAGGAGAAUUACCAAAAACACUGCUGACUCGAAGAGUCAUGGAGAUCCAGGAUAUGUGGACACCAUUGCCAAUAGGAGAAACACCUCACAAGCCAGACAAACCCCACUCCAGGACCUGAGCGACCUAUCGUUAUCCUUAGAGGACGACCCACCACCAGAGAGCGUUGGGGCUGGUUGGGGGAGCAGGUUCCUCAAGAAAGCCCCUCCACCUGCUACCAGCCAAUCUCCAGCCCAGAGCAGGACCCAGACACAGCCGGUUGAGCCCAAAUAUGUGACCACAUGCCAGAGGAGCUCACAGAGCGCGGCCCUGAGCCGACUGGCCCUCAUAGAGAACCGCAUCCGAAACCGGCAACAAGCCAGGGAUGGACCAGCACUGUCUAAUAGGAGUACACCACCAGCCCCCCAGGAGAGGGAGACGCCCCUGACCCUAUCUGACCAGUCCAGCAGUGACCUCAGCAUGAAGGGAAAACGCUUCCUGAAGAAGUCAGUGAAUACAUCACCUACACCUGCUGUAGUUCCCAAGGAGAAAGGCCCAGAUCUGGAUCUCAUGCCAUUGGGUGGUUUCAAAGCCCCUACUCCUCCAGUCAGGGUGGCCAGUCGAGGUGUGACUCUGGACAGUGAUGAAGAGGAUAUGAGGAAGCUCCUGGGAGGCUCUUUUGAGUUGUCAGAGGAUAGCCUGCACAAAGAAGCAAGAGUGUCCUCACAGACAACUAGACAGUCCUUCGUCAAAAGAAGCCAAAAGGUAUCACCCUCACCCCCACUGGUAGACUGGCUAUCCUCAGUCAGAGCACUGUCCCGCUCCCCACCCUUUCCUCAACGACUCGGGUCCCCCAAUCGCUUCUCCAGCCAAGCCCUGGCACAGCACAGCCCUUCUCUCUCCAUCCGCAGUGCCUCAGUGGUCCUCUCUCCAUCGCCCUCUCCCCCCAACACUCCCGCCUCAGGCAGACAGGGCUCCCCCCGGGCCAGACACCUCAGGUGCUCCCGGUCCUCAUUGUCAGCCCUCAGCGAGGUGCGCUCCCUGGAGGAGCUCUUCCCUGAGGCCUUGGGCUCCCUGGUGGAACUCUACCCUGAGGACCUGCCCUCUGACGAUGCCAUCAGUGAGAAAAGUGGGGUCUCUGAUGAAUUCAAGCUUAACAUUAUGUCACUGGACGACCUGGCACCGGUCAUCACGCUUGGAAUGUCUGAGAACAAAAAAAUGAAUAAGAAAGAAACCAAAGCGGUCAAGGAACUUGCCGCUAGAUCAUUUAUGGAGGAAGUUUCCAGUGAGGAGCAGAUCCCAUCAGAGGAGCCCAGGAAGGAAUAUGAGAGUGACUUUGAGAGUGAGAUCAGGACUGAGACAGACAGGAGUAGGGUGAGUGAGAUCUCUGAGCACCUGGGAUACGGGGACAAGGACAUGUCGGAGGUCAGGAACUACAUCGUCUCGGACACAUCCCGGCAAGACAAGUACUCCAGUGUCUCAGGGGGAGACCGUCACGUCACCCACACAGACUACAGUAGAACCGCUGAUUCAUUCACUGGCAGAAGCAGCAAGGGUUCCUAUUCCCGAUCAUCAUCUCGCUCCCACUCUGUGGCUGACACCAUCACGCCUGUGUGGAAAAGAUGCUCGCCCAGCAGAAGGAGCGUGAGAGAGGCUGCGGUGCAGACCCAAGCAGACGGACUGGCCUACACCUGGUCCUCCGUCUGUGUAGGUAUGGCCGCCCUGGGGCCAGCGGUGGGGAUGGCCUACGUGGAUCCAACCCCUGUUGCAAGUCACACCGUCAGUGCAGAGGCUGUGGAGGCCCUCAGUGCGUACAGCCCUGCUGUGUUUGCCCUUAACGACAUGCUGAGGCAGCAGCUGGCCCUCACCAAACACUUUGUCCAGACCAGUCGCCACCUCCACUCCUCCUUGCUGCAGUCCCUGGGCCCUGCAGACUACACCUACACCACUCUGGAGGACACCAAGGAGUUCAUUCGCUGUCACAAGCCUCCCCAGCUGACCAUGGAAGUGGCCUUGGAGGAGGUUCUUCAGGAAAUGAGAGAGUAUCACUAUAUCUGACAACCAGGAGCUGCCUUGAUUGCACUCAGCACUGGAAAUGUAUGGACACUUUACAUGGUACUAUUAAAACAUUUUAUACCAGAUCAUUUUUGUAAUGAAAUGUAUUAGUUGGUGCAUGUGAGACUGACCUACAGAUCAGGACAUCCUUAUGACAAGAUAAUUUACUGAGUGUCAUGUUGAAAAGAUUGUACCGCUUUUAUAUUCAGAUCAAUGAGGACAUGUAAUGCUGUUCAAUAAAACGUUUAAGAACUGGAAUCAUUUUUUAAAAUCUUGAUAUUAAAUGGACCAUCUUUGAUGCUUGA